CGCCGACCUGUGUUGGCUGUUAAAAAAAUAUUUUUUAAAAAAAACGGCGAAUUCGCUGAGAAAACAAAAUAAUUUGAAAAUGCCCAUUUCUGACACCUCCACGUCUUCCGCUAAGAGCAUCCGUAGAGCAGCGUCAGAACUCGUCCGAACGGAAUCUCUUACAUCGCCAAGGUUCGUGGGAAGGCGGCAGAGCCUGAUAGAAGACGCGAGGAAGGAGCGCGAGGCCGCGGUUGCGGCUGCGGCUGCGGCCGCCGAGUCGUCGGAAGCGAGCGAGCCGAUAGUCUUCGAGGAAGAGGACGGCAAGGCGAUGCUCAACCUCUUCUUCACCCUGAGGAUCGCCACGAGCCCGGCGCUGUCGCGCGCUCUCAAGGUCUUCGAGACGUUUGAGGCCAAGAUUCAUCAUCUGGAGACCAGACCGAACCGGAAGUCCAGCGGCAAUCUCGCGGACCUCGACUACCUCGUGCGCUGCGAAGUGCACCUGUCAGACGUCAACACACUCAUCAGCUCGUUAAAGAGGACGGCAGAAGACGUCAGAACCACUAAAGAGGUCAAAUUUCACUGGUUUCCAAAGAAAAUCAGCGAGUUGGACAGGUGCCACCAUUUGGUGACAAAAUUUGACCCAGACUUGGAUCAAGACCAUCCGGGUUUCACGGACCCCAUCUAUCGACAACGAAGGAAAAUGAUUGGAGACAUUGCUUUCCGACACAAACAGGGUGACCCCAUUCCUAGAGUGGAGUACACUGAGGAAGAAAUAGCCACAUGGAGAGCAGUGUACGGCACUCUGAGUGAGCUCUACACCACGCACGCGUGCAGUGAGCACCUGGAGGCCUUCCGCCUGCUGGAGAGACACUGCGGCUACAGCCCCGACAACAUCCCCCAGCUGCAGGACGUGUCCCUGUUCCUCAGAGAGCGUACGGGGUUCCAGUUGCGCCCAGUGGCCGGUCUCCUCUCAGCCAGGGACUUCCUGGCCAGCCUGGCGUUCCGUGUGUUCCAGUGCACCCAGUACAUCCGCCACGCGUCCUCCCCCAUGCACUCCCCCGAGCCGGACUGUGUACAUGAGCUGCUGGGUCAUGUUCCCAUGCUGGCUGAUAAAACGUUUGCCCAGUUUUCUCAGAACAUUGGGCUGGCCUCUCUGGGGGCUUCUGAAGAGGACAUAGAGAAGCUCUCAACGCUGUACUGGUUCACGGUGGAGUUUGGGCUCUGCAAACAGGGUGGACGGGUGAAGGCCUACGGGGCCGGACUGCUCUCCUCCUACGGAGAGCUAGUGCACUCCCUCUCGGACGAGGCCGAGAGGAGGGAGUUCGACCCGGAGGCGGCCGCCGUCCAGCCGUACCAGGACCAGACCUACCAGCCCGUCUACUUUGUGUCCGAGAGCUUCACAGACGCCAAGGAGAAACUCAGGACGUACGUGGCCGGAAUUAAAAGGCCGUUUUCGGUGCGGUUCGACCCCUACACCGAGAGCAUAGAGGUCCUGGACGACCCGCUCAAGAUUCGGGCGGGGCUGGAGACGGUGAAGGACGAGCUGAAGACCCUCACAGACGCCCUGAAUGGGCUGGCGUAGGACGUCCGGCCAGACUGCCUACCCCCAAUGCCCCCCUAC